CCUACAACUCAGGCGGCCUCCGCUCAGCGAGGGGGGGGGCGUGGCCAACGCCAACCCCGCCCCCCUCACCGCAAGCCCCGCCCCCCUGCGCGGCGGAAGUCUCGCGUGAAGCGGCGGGAUGUGCGGGGGCUGCGUGGGCACGGAGUACCCCGAGCGGGGCACCACCUGCUUGGAGGGCGGCUCCUUCCUCCUCAACUUCGUGGGGUGCGCCCGAUGCGGCCGCCGGGACUUCGUGCUGCUGGGCAACCGGGCCGCCGGCCUGCACGGCGAUGAUGAGAUCAUCACCUACGAUCACUUGUGCAAGAACUGCCACCACCUGAUUGCGCGCCACGAGUACACCUUCAGCGUGGUGGAUGACUACCAGAGCAAAGUGGAGGACAUUGUGCAGGAAGUGUUCGACGCCUACAAGACGAACCACCACACCGCACAGUUCAUCCUGCAGCGGGAGAAGCACUUCCACUACUUGAAGAGAGGCCUCCGGCAGCUGGGCGAAGCCUACGAGUGUCUGGAUGCCAGCCGCCCCUGGCUCUGCUAUUGGAUCCUGCACAGCCUGGAGCUGCUGGAGGAGCCCAUUCCCCAGUCGGUCGCCUCUGAUGUCUGCCAGUUCCUGAGCUGCUGCCAGAGUCCUCAGGGUGGCUUUGGCGGGGGCCCAGGCCAGCAACCCCACCUCGCCCCCACCUAUGCCGCUGUCAACGCGCUCUGCAUCAUUGGCACAGAAGAAGCAUAUAACAUCAUUGAUAGGCAGAAGCUGCUGGAGUACCUGCACACGCUGAAGCAGCCCGAUGGCUCCUUCCUGAUGCAUGUGGGCGGUGAGGUGGACGUCAGGAGCGCCUACUGUGCUGCUGCGGUAGCAUCGCUGACCAACGUCCUCACGCCCGCGCUGUUCACUGGGACGGCCGAGUGGAUAGCGGGGUGCCAGAACUGGGAGGGGGGCAUCGGCGGGGUGCCGGGCAUGGAAGCUCACGGCGGGUACACUUUCUGCGGGCUGGCAGCGCUGGUCAUCCUGAAGAAGGAGCACUUGCUGAACCUGCGCAGCUUGCUGCACUGGGUGACCGGACGGCAGAUGCGUUUUGAGGGCGGCUUCCAAGGCCGCUGCAACAAGCUGGUGGAUGGCUGCUAUUCCUUCUGGCAGGCGGGGCUGCUGCCCCUGCUGCACCGCGCCCUUCACGCACAGGGUGACGCGGCGCUCAGCAUGUCACGCUGGAUGUUCGACCAGUCGGCGCUGCAGGAGUACAUCCUGCUGUGCUGCCAGUGCCCAGCUGGAGGGCUGCUGGACAAGCCAGGGAAGUCGCGGGACUUCUACCACACCUGCUACUGCCUGAGUGGGUUGGCCAUUGCCCAGCACUUUGGCAGUGGAGAUCUGCACCACGAGCUGGUCCUGGGCAUCCCCGAAAACCGCCUGCGGCCCACGCAUCCUGUCUAUAACAUCGCGCCGGAAAAAGUGGUGAAGGCGGUGAUGCACUUCUUGCAGCAGCCUGUGCCCAGCCUGGAAGGGACAGGGUAGGGGUCUGCGCUCCCCCCAUCCGGGCAGAGCGGGGCCCUCAGGGUGCUAGCGAUACCAAAUAGGAGCCGGGGGGGCCAUAAAGCAGGGCUGCCACCUGCCCUUGGGGUGAAUAAGGAGCAUGAGAGGGUUCUCAGCCCUGCUCCCCACCCCCCAACCCCAAGAAAACACAGUUACCAGGGGAAAGGAUAAAAUAAGUUUUGGUUUUUUUUCCUUUUUAUUAUUUAUAAGUCUUAUAGUAAAGGGAAGCCUUAACUUGCAAGACAA